AUGUCCCUCUCCAAAGUCCAACUCACCCUCCAGCAAAAGCUGGACUUCCUCCCAGCGCUGGCCUCCAUCGGCCUAGCCGCUUUCUACGCCAUCCUGACCGGCCUCUGGCGCACCGAGCGCGAAGCCAAAACGCUCUUUCUGCAUGUCGGCUACGCCAUUUUCCGCAAGGUGACAGCACGGCUGUCGCCGUCGCAGAUGCAGUACGCCGUGCCCCCAUCCAACAAGGUAUACGAGCAGUACGCGAAGAAGGCAGGUGUGCCGGCGCAGACGGUCGAGCUGGGCCACGGUGCAUUGGGGCACUGGAUUGGCGACCGCAAUGCGAAGAACGUCAUCAUCUGGUACCACGGGGGCGGCUUCGGCUUGCCCGCCAACAUGGGCUACUUCAAAUUCUACGCCCAGCUCAUCCAAACCCUCGCGGCGUCAAACAAAUCCCUCGCCGUCUUCUCGCUGACCUACACCCUCGCCCCGCUCGCCACCUACCCAACCCAACUAAAACAAGCCGUCGCGGCUGCGCGAUACAUUCUACAAGACGGCCGGGACCCAGGCACCUCGGCGGCGUCCUUUCGCACCUCGCACACCCCCCACCCACAAAUCGAACCGCUCAAAAUCUCGGCGAACCUAGGCGGCGCCGCGAUGAUCGCCCCAUGGACAUUACUCGACACCGAGUUCCCGGACCAGGAAAUCUACCAUGGCGGAGACCUGAUCACACAGGCCGUUGCGCAGCCGUGGGCGAGCGCGUAUAUCGGGCGGGCUACGCGGGAUCAUUACACGGAUUUGUCGAGUGCGCCGGUGGAGUGGUAUAAGGAUUUCCCUGUGAAUAGGGUGUUGAUUACUGGCGGUGGGAAUGAGAUUCUGCUUCCUAUUAUCCAGGAUCUCGCGGGCAAGUUUAAGAAGGGGUUUGGCAAGGUUGAGCUUUUUGUUGGGCAUCGUGAGUGUCAUGUUGCGCCCAUUUAUAAUUUGUAUCUGGGUGAUUCUACGGAGACUCUGCAGGGGAAGAAGGUGAAGAGUUGGUUGACUGAGUUGGCGGAGUAG